GGGUUCUUGGUUGACAUGGACUCAGAGAUCUCAGCAAGUGCAUGUGUUGUUGCCGAGAACAAAGACCAUGGUGUCUGGCUCAUUGAGUCUUUUCAGCGUGCUCCUAUGAGACGAUUUUCGGGUACACUAGAAGUGAACAGAGGGAAGACAAGAGCAGACCUCACCGUUGCUGCCUUCGUGCAUCUUGCGUUCCUAGCAAGCCAGGAGACUAUGCUGCUAGCAGAUAUAGAGGGGUGGCUUCUUCCAGAAGGUGUCAAGAUCUUCGAUCCAAUGAUUCAUUCUACCAGGGGUACAUUUGGACUGGGCGACCAAGGUACAAAGGCAAUCGAUGACUUUAGAAUCAACCACAAGUGCAACACCUUCUGUGUCCAUCUGGGUUUGGAAUCACUAUCACCCUCGAACCCCAACAACGAGCUUGUGGAUGACUGUAGUGAGGAUACCAAUGUUGACGGCAGAACGCUUCCAGACAAUAGUCACCAUGGACUGGACACAGAUGUUGAAGAAACUGAAAAGUCAAAAAGACACCCUCGGUUCAAAAGGCAGAAGAAGGGUAAGAAGCGGGCAAGAAGCUUGUUUGAAGAAGAGGAGGAUGAUCCAAUUGAGAUCCCGUCAGAAGAAGGCAGCAGGCGAAGAUUUCUGACCCGAAAGGCGGCUCAGGCGAUCUCUAAGAAGUGA